GGCCGAAAAGCCGCCGGACCGCGAAUCUUGCUAUAAUUAUUGAGUUGUCGCGGCUCUACGAGACCCAAUGGCCGCAAUGUGCAAUUUGCGAGGUCGCAUUUUUGUGAGGCUCCAGCAUGACUUCCUCUUCGGCAUCUGUGGCGGACGUCGCCGCGAGCGAAGAUGCAACCCCGAAGGCCGGAAGGGAUGCCCACGCGACAAUUGCCCGAGCCGGCGAGGCGAGCCUGCGUGACGACGCGGAGGCGAAGUCGAGGUUCCUGGCGACCUUUUCCGCCGAAGAGGAACGGAGCAUCAUGAAGAAGGUGGACCAGCACUUCUUCGUGCUCAUCGGCCUCAUGUACAUGAUCAAACAGAUCGACGUCAACAAUGCAGCCAAUGUCAAGGUCCUGCAAGUUGGCGAGCCGACUAAUAUCAUCGCCGAGUUGAACAUGACGGCAGACCAGUAUAACUGGGUGCAAUCCAUCUACGGCAUCGCCUACAUUCUCUUCGAGGCGCCCAGCAACCUGAUCCUGAAGAAGAUGAGCCCGCACGCGUGGCAAGCUCGGAUCUUUUUGUGCUGGGGCAUCAUCGUCGCCGGCCACGCUGCGGUCCAAAAUCGCCACGCGCUAUACGCGCUGCGAUUUCUCCUCGGCAUGUUCGAGGCUGGGAUGUUCCCCGGGGUCAUGGCACAGCUGUCGGCCUGGUACCGGACCGACGAGAUGGGCAAGCCGGUGGCUUGGUUCUUCACCAUCCAAACGUUUUCCAACAUCGUCGGGUCUCUGCUCUGCUACGGCAUCAGCUACAUGAACGGGGCGCGGGGCCUCAGUGCGUGGCGCUGGGUUUACCUCAUCGAGGGGGUCAUCACCAUCUUCUUCGCUGGCGCCGUCUUCGCCCUCUUGCCAGACUACCCCAAGUCGCCGAGGAGCAACCGGUGGCUUACCGAGCGAGAACAGGAGUUCAUCGAGGUGCGGCUGCCGGAGCACGCCCCGAUGACGAGCGACCCGUUCUUCUCCAAGAAGGAAGUAAUCGCGACGCUCAAGUCGCCCCUUAUCUGGUCGUUCAUGCUCUCGCAGAUGCUGGUCAACUUUGGGAAUUACGCGUUGACUUGGUAUCUCCCAACCAUUGUCACGAACCUGGGCUUCGCAACGCUUCCGAAGAAUCAGCUCCUCAACAUCCCCCCGGCCGUGGCGGCGAUCAUCGCGCUCAUCUUCUCGGCGUGGUUUAUCAGCAAGGCCUACAUCGUGCGGCCGCUUUACAUCAUGUUCAUCCUGACGGGGAUGGUGAUCUGCUUCGUGCUGUUCUUCACGAUCAGCUCGCGGGUGGGGCUGUACGUGGCGUGCAUCCUGGGGACGAUGUUCACGCAGGCGUACUUCAUCCCGUUCUGGGCGUGGCGGUCGGCGACGCUGCGGGGGUCGACGGGGACGGCGUUCGCGCUGGGGCUGCAGAACGCGGUGGGGCAGGUGGGCACGGUGACGGCGCCGCAGCUGUUCCAGCAGCGCUGGGCGGCGAGCGGCUACAAGCCGUCGUUCGCCAUCGCGGCCGGCGGCACCGUGGCCGCGUUCGUGGCCAACCUCGGCACGUGGUGGCUCACGCGCGCGACCGAGCGCGACGUCCGCCGCGUCCGCCGCCUCAUCCGCGCCGCCCGCCGCGACGGCCGCGUCUUCCACGGGCCCGACGUCGCCGCCCGCGAGGACCCCCGGCUGUUCGGCCGCGCGCCCAAGCGUGGCGGCGACGAGGAUGUUCGCGUCAUCGAGGUGUAGACGCGGGCGCACGACGGGCGGGGCGGCCGGGAAAGAGGGUCGGGGCGUCAGACCGAGCCUGGUACCGUUACCUAACUCGUCCGACUGAAUGAAAGCCGCGGUGUUGUAACUACCGCAGUGCGCCGAGAAGAAUUGUGUACAAGAACAGGUGCCGCACAUGUUUAGCUGUAUGAGGCACAAGUGACGAUACCCCGCUAUA